UUAGUUCAGUUGAAUUCCGCCAGCUCUCCAGAAAACUCGCACGAAAGGGAGCUAUAAAACCGUUAAAUUGGAGUUCCUUAAACAAUAAAAACGCUAAAAAAAAGUGUUAACUAUAUCAUAAUAUCAAAUAAUUAAUGCUAAAUAAACUUGUUUAAAGAAAAUUAAAAGAAAAACCCUAGAGAAACACAAAAAGAAGUGAAAAGAAGUGCUCAAAAAACCUACAAAAAACCUAAAAUUAAACUGAAUUCUUGAGUAAAGUGACAAGAUCCAAUCCCUCGGAUAACAGAGUUAGUUGAACCCCCGAAUUUUUUGUCCCCGCACAUUGUACACCUGGUUUUCUUCGCUGGCAACGUAGUCGGCCAUUGAGUUGGCCGAUACCAAACGACCUUCAAAACGUUUUGCGUCGAGGCAAUACGCACCAUGGGCUGCGCACAGUCUGCCGAGGAGCGAGCAGCAGCCGCCAGGAGUCGCCUCAUCGAGCGCAAUCUCAAGGAGGACGGCAUUCAGGCGGCAAAGGACAUCAAACUCCUGCUGCUGGGUGCCGGUGAAUCGGGCAAGAGCACAAUAGUCAAACAGAUGAAAAUCAUUCACGAGAGCGGCUUCACUGCGGAGGACUUUAAACAAUAUCGACCGGUUGUCUACAGCAACACAAUACAAUCAUUAGUUGCAAUAUUGCGCGCGAUGCCAAACCUAAGUAUUCAGUACAGCAAUAACGAGCGGGAGAGCGAUGCCAAGAUGGUGUUCGACGUGUGCCAGCGGAUGCACGACACCGAGCCCUUCUCGGAGGAGCUGCUGGCCGCCAUGAAACGCCUCUGGCAGGAUGCCGGCGUCCAGGAGUGCUUCUCGCGCAGCAACGAAUACCAACUGAACGAUUCCGCUAAAUAUUUCCUGGAUGAUUUGGAUCGGUUAGGCGCCAAGGAUUACCAGCCAACCGAACAGGAUAUCUUGCGUACUCGCGUCAAGACCACUGGCAUCGUUGAGGUACACUUCUCCUUCAAAAACCUCAACUUUAAAUUGUUUGACGUGGGCGGUCAGCGUUCGGAGCGUAAGAAAUGGAUACACUGCUUCGAGGAUGUUACAGCGAUCAUUUUCUGCGUGGCCAUGUCUGAGUACGAUCAGGUCUUGCAUGAGGAUGAAACCACGAACCGCAUGCAAGAGUCGCUGAAACUUUUUGACUCGAUCUGUAACAACAAAUGGUUCACGGACACCUCGAUCAUUUUGUUCCUGAACAAGAAGGAUCUGUUCGAGGAGAAGAUUCGCAAGAGUCCCCUGACAAUUUGCUUCCCCGAAUACACAGGUGGACAGGAGUAUGGCGAGGCGGCUGCUUACAUUCAGGCUCAAUUUGAAGCGAAAAACAAAUCAACCUCAAAAGAAAUCUACUGCCACAUGACGUGUGCCACAGAUACCAACAACAUUCAGUUUGUAUUCGAUGCUGUCACCGAUGUCAUCAUAGCAAACAACCUGCGCGGCUGUGGACUGUACUAAGGAGGAUUCGACAGCGGAUCCCGAUGAUGAUGAUGAUUAUGAUGAUGUGGAGCAGAAUGGGGGCGUUAGCAGGGAACACCGUAACGGUAUUAAAGAGCAGCGCGGGAGCACAACAACCCACCAGCAUUGAUCAAAAACCAAACAAUUUAAGCAGAUGAGCAGAUGAUAGAACCAACCAACCGCAACCACACAGAAAACACAGGACACUGAACACUAAACAAGCAAAGCCCAAAGAACUUUUAUUUGUUUAACAAAAAACGGCGGACGGACGGAAAUCCCGGGCGGAUGAUAUGGAUGGGAAAUAAGCGACAAGUACAUUACAUAAUAUCGAUAAUAUUGAUGCAGAUACACAAUGCUAAUGAUGAUCAGGUCGACAAUGGUAAUGAGGCAGCAGGCAGCUGACUCUGGAACACGCGAGAGAAGUCACAUUUGAAAAGGGCAGUUGAUUGAAAGGCAUUUCCUAUAUACAUACAUAUAAAAACACAUACAUAUGCAUUAUGCAAAGCCACAUGUACGACAUGACACUAACACACUCACACGACAUACACAAGCGCCAGCAUUGCAUAUAGUUGUUGUUUGGUCUGAAUAAUUUUUAUAGAAUUUCAUAAUUUAUGUGUAGUUUAGUUUCCUCAUGUAUUUAUUAAACAAAAACCAAACGAGCGUAUAUCUACAUAUACCGCAUAUAUAUAUACAUACACUUCUAUACAUAUAUAUAUAUAAAUAUUAUAUAUUAAAUGUUUCCUGUUGCAAUCUCUCUUUGAAAUUAUUCAUGCCAUCAACGCUCUGCAUUUGUCAUGCUUGUUUAGACUUAAGUUCGAAAGUUACAACAAAAUCCAGCGGCAAAGGAAAUAAUAAUAAUUUGAUUGCGUGUCAGCGUGUGGGCUAAAGUAAAUAUUAUAUAACAAACCAAAAAAACCAAAACAAAUGAGGAAAGAAAACACAAAAUAUGGAAGGCAAAUCUUUAACGUUUAAGUCUAAUUUAAAGAUAAAUGAAACGGAUAUAAAACUCUAUCUAUUGUAUUUACAAGAACAAAAUCGAAGAAAAACUAAACUAAAAAUCAGAGAAGAGUCAAGUAAAGCAAAGCAAAUGUGGCCACUUAACUAACUUAUGUAAAGAGCAGCAGUAGCAGCAGCCAUCGAUGAUUGAUUGAUACAUUUCAAUGUAAAUUGUAAUUUGUUGAAUUUACGUGUAUAGAAGAAGUUUAGCUGGCAAGCACACAAAAACACAGACACUGGACACAAACUAACUAUAAUUUACUUCACUUAAUAAGCUGAUUUGUUGUAAUUUACAAUGAUUUGUGGCAUUUAUACGAGGAGCAAGGCAAAUCAGCGAAGAUCAAAACAUAAUUCAACCUUGGCGGCGCACAAAAGCAUGCUAUAAAUUUUUGCCAUAUCUACGCACACACCCGAAACACAAAAUAUGAAUCAAAAUGAAAGGAACGCAGAACUCAAAUCUCCCACAAUGAAACUAAGGAUUGUAUGUAAUAAUAUAAUAAUUUAUAAAUUCUACUUUUAAUGGUAAACAUCUUCAUACAUGUACCUAUAUGUAUGUGACUGUAUCUAGCGAAUGGCAUUUAACCCCCGAGUAUGUUGAAUUGUUUGAUUAGACUUAUUAUUAUAAUUAUUAUGUAUAUGCUUUGUAUGUAUGUAUUUUGUGCAUUUUGAUUUUACGCAACGAUUUAGCUGCAAUGAAUUUAUAUUGUUAUUUUUAUAGUAUUUCUUUUGUAUCUGCCCACCUCUCUCCUCUUCCUCCUCCUUUACUGGAAGUCUCCUCACUUGUGCUCUUGCUCUAGUUGGACGGAAAUCCAUUUAUGUUUUAUAGUUUUUAAGCCUUAUUUAUGUAAACGCACACAAACACACACAACUUAAACAUCAACUAAGUAAGUUUAUUAGCGAAAUAAAUAUUAUUUGACAUUCAACAAAAAGUAAGGACACCUUGCAAGAAGCUUAACGAAAGCGUUUCGAUUUUUUGGCAACCCCAGCAGAUCCAGUGAAACUUUUCAAAAGUUGUGUUGGCCGCAAAAUCCGUACAAUUCCCGUACUCCUACGUUUCUAGAUUUAAAACACCGAUCAGCAAACAUUCACUUCUAAGCAUUUACUUAGGUCAGCCAACACUUUCCCAUUUCCAUGUCCCAUUUACCUAUCCCCCCUAAUAUAUCCUGGCCCAACCAAAUACUGUAAUAUUUAAUACGUAUGUAUUUUCCAUUCAACUUGUAAAAUUCUACCAAAAAGAAGAAAACAAAACGCAAAAACCAUUUUCAAAUAAAACUAUUUAUUCAAAAAUAAAAA